AUGGUCCACUCUCCUCGCUCGCCUCAUCCCAUCUCAUGCAUGGCUGCCAGUGAUGGUCUACUGGGUGUUCGCUUUUAUUGGCACGGCACAAAGCAAGUGCCAAGGGUUCGGUGGCCCGAACUCUCCCCGCUGCAGCCUGUGGAUAAAAGCGAGCAAAAUGCCCCAGCCCUGCUCAGAGACAUAGUCAUGCUGGGCUGGAACGAGGAAGUGCAGUGGAGAGGGGAGGGACUCCGGGCGCAGCUCCAUGGGGCCGCCGCGGCGCUGCGACCUUCUGCACAUGGAGCCGGGGAGAGUUGGAAGAACUUCAUACUGCAAACUCAAGGAAUAGCAGAGUACCUGCACCGCAUGGAGACGGAGGAGGCCCAGGAAAUGGCCCAGAUGCCAGGCAGGGACAGCCCCCCCAUCAACGAUGCAUCCGAGGAAACAGAGGAGCCCAUGGCCGUCCCCGAGGACCUGUCAGCCGGCUCCGCCCACCAGCAGAACAACCGGGGGGACAAAGCCUGUAAUAUUAAAGUUGAGGCUCGCAGUGAUGAGGAGAAUGGGCUGGCCUGUGACAUGAUGAAUGGCGUGGAGGAGGAGGAGUGCGCGGAAGACUUGCGCGUGGUCGAUGCCUCGGGGGCCAAGGUGAACGGCUCACAGCCGAGCCCCGAAGCCAAGGCCUUCUCCACAGCUGGCGGUAUCCGGCUGCCCAACGGGAAGCUCAAGUGUGAUAUCUGUGGGAUAGUUUGCAUUGGUCCCAAUGUGUUGAUGGUGCACAAGCGAAGCCACACCGGAGAACGACCGUUCCAGUGCAGCCAGUGCGGCGCCUCCUUCACCCAGAAGGGCAACCUGCUGCGUCACAUCAAGCUGCACUCGGGAGAGAAGCCCUUCAAGUGUCACCUGUGCAGCUACGCCUGUCGCAGGAGGGACGCCCUCACCGGCCACCUGCGCACGCACUCGGUUGGAAAACCCCACAAGUGCGCCUACUGCGGGCGCAGCUACAAGCAGCGCAGCUCUCUGGAGGAGCACAAGGAGCGGUGUCACAACUACCUCCAGUACAUGGGGGGCGGCGUCUACACAGUAGUAAAGGAAGAAAGCAACCAGAAUGAGCAGAGGGAAGACUUAAGCCAGACGGGAUCUGACAGAGCCUUGGUGCUAGACAGACUAGCUAAUAAUGUAGCUAAACGUAAGAGCACUAUGCCACAGAAGUUUGUGGGAGACAAGCGUCUGUCCGAUCUGUCGUACGACGGCGGCCCUGGCGAGCUGAUCCAGCCCCACGUCAUCGACCAGGCCAUCAACAGCGCCAUCAGCUACCUGGGGGCCGAGUCCUUGCGGCCCCUGGUCCAGACCUCCCCGGCCUCCUCCUCCGACGUGGGCCUCAGCUCCAUCUACGCCCUGCACAAACCGCCGUCCGAGGGCCUGGCGGGCCUCGCGGGGAACCCCAUGUCGGCCAAAGACACGGCGGCCGAGAACCUGCUGCUGCUCUCCAACUCCAAGUCGGCCUCCAGCGAGAAGGACGGCUCGCCCAGCCACAGCGGCCACGACUCCACGGACACGGAGAGCAACAACGAGGACCGGCCCGGGGGGGCGUCCGGCGGCCUCAUCUACCUGACCAACCACAUGACCUCGGGGGGGAGGAACGGCGUGCUGCCCCUGGUGAAGGAGGAGCAGCAGCGGCAGUACAACGCCGUCCGGGCCGGCAUGGAGAUGGCGUCCGGGGGCUUCAAGGUGCUGACCUCGGACGGGGAGCAGGUGAGGGAGUACCUGUGCGAACACUGCCGCGUGCUCUUCCUGGACCACGUCAUGUACACCAUCCACAUGGGCUGCCACGGCUUCAGGGACCCCUUCGAGUGCAACCUCUGCGGCCACCGGAGCCAGGACCGAUACGAGUUCUCCUCUCACAUAACCCGGGGAGAGCAUCGCUACUGAGCACAACACACACACACACACACACACACACACACACACACACACACACACACACACACACACUAGGGAUGGGCAGUAUUGGACUAAAGAAUUUAUCACGAUAAUUUCUGGCACUUAUCCCGAUAACGAUAAAAAUGACGAUAGAAAAAAUUCCAAUUCAACUCCACCUUUUUAACUUUGGAGCCCCCAAAACACUGCUCUAAAACAGUGGUUCCCAACCUUUUUUCCUUGUUUCCCCCCCUACUUGUGUCUAAGACCAGCCAGGCCCCCCGACCCGUACGUACUAGCACCGAAAUAGUCUUUAAUUGAAAAAAUGAACAUGAAUUAUGUUUUUUUGAUACAUUUCUCUUUGGUUUACCCUGUAUACAUAUGACUUUGUUUUUCUCCAAUGUCACCAAUGUAUAAAAUAUGCACAAAAGGACAUAAAAAUAUUUCUGAAAAAUGUCUCUUUUAAUAUGAGACCAACAUUUUUUUAAAUUUUUCCUUUAACAACCUGUCGGAGUAGAUUAAAUGUUGAGUAAUGAUAUAAUAAUAAGGAAUGAAAUAAUUUCCUGUGUUUGUCACCAGUGUAUAAAAAACACAAAAAAUAUUCAAGACAUUCAUAAAUUAUUCCUAACAAUGACUUAUGAAUGACUGAUUCGCAAAUAUCAUUUUUACAACUGCAUUUUUUUUCAAAGCAGACAAAGUUUCGCGCCCCCCCAGAGAUCUCUGGCUCCCCCCCAGGGGGGGCCCGGACCCCAGGUUGGGAGACACUGCUCUAAAAGAUACUAAAUUCUACUAAACUACACCAAUUAAAUUGAAUUAAUAAAAACCAAUUGAAUUAGUACACCUGUACUGCAAAACUGUAAUGACUCAAAUGAAACAAGUUUGAAAUGUAAGAACAGAUUCAACAUUUAUUCAAACUAUCGGCUUAAACAGUGGGAUAACAGUUCAAACAGCAAAAGUACCAUUGUCCUUCAAGUUUUCUUGGCUUAUAAAAUCACAAAGUAGAAAAAAGAUACAACCUGAUAAAUAAAGAAACAAGAUAAAUAAAUAAAAGCCAUCCUUUGCACUCUGUUUUUUUGCAGACUCUGCAUAUAAUAGAUGAUGUUUGCUCCUCGUCACUCUUUUCAAAUCCAAACCAGUUCCAGAUAACGGAGCUGGAGCCUCGUUUAACAACGAGCUCCUCGCUCUCAGAUCUGCCUUCCGCUAUUUGUUAAGGCUGAUUUAUGGUUCUGCGUUAAAUCGACGCAGCGCCUACGGCGUAGGGUACACGGGACGCGCACCGUAGGCUCUGCGUGGAUUUAACACAGAACCAUAAAUCAGCUUUAAACAAAAACAUCAUCAACGGUAAUUUAUAAUUUUUACCGCGAGAUGACAAAUUCUUACCGUGGGGAAUUUUUUUGACGGUAUAUCGUGAACAGUAAAAUAUCGCCCAUUCCUAACACACACACACACACACACACACACACACACACACACACACACACACACACACACACACACACACACACACACACACACACACACACACACACACACAUCUGCAAGAUACAUAAUGUAAAAUACACUUGAUGGCUGUAUAUUGUGUUUUUAUACAAACGUAUGCAUGUUGGUUGACCACAGAUUAAUGUAAACAACUAUCAUUAAAAAAACAAAACAUGUACUUUAAUUUUCAAUGGAGUGUUCAAGGAAGAUUAUUUCACCUUUAUCAAAAGAAAAAGAAAUGUUGAAAACAAGUCAGCAGGGUGUAUGUGCACCAUUUUACAAGUUCUACAUCAUGCAUUGAUCCAAAAAGCCCAAAUGUGUCUUUUCGUUUGAAAAGACGGAUAGACUCUUUAUUUCUUUUUUUCUCUUCUUUUCUUUUUAUUAGAUUCUAAAUGAUGUACUUUCUUUUACAGGCAUCUAUGCUGAAAAGCUGAAUGAGAAAUUCUGUCUGCAGUUUUUUUUCGGUGCAGCCAGAUUCAUGGUAACACUUCACUGCAAUCAGUGAGAAAACAAAUAAAAACUAUUACUCCAGAUAGAAAAACACAGCUCCCUUUAAGGUUUUCACCUGUUAUCUUUAACUUGUGUUUGUAAUAACCUACAUAUUAUUUAUAGAACAUUUACAUGCCUGUAUGUUUUUUGUAUUUAUUACGGUGAUAAAUGUUUGUCCUCUAGAGUAGUAAAAGCUGCAUCUUUUUUUCUGUUCAGCUGUACUAAAUGUGUGUGAGGGAUCCAUGACUGCUGCUGGAAGCUGUUUUUAAGAUUAAGAGAAGAAAAUGUUAUCAGGACCUUGUUUUAUACCUGAUGGCCAAGAAUUGUUUGAGUCGUGAACUGGAAAUGUCUCAUUUGAAAAGAGCUUUAUGCUUGCAAAACAUGAAUAAAGGAUAUUUUAUAUAUGCACAUACUGGAGAGGUGUUUGGUUUUUGAAGCAGUGACUUGAGGGAGCAGAACUCUGAUGUUUCCAUUAUCUGUAUCUAUGAUAUUUAUCCAAAUUGGUAAAAUUAUC